AAGGAGCGCAGGGCGCGUGCGCGCAGGUUUCCGUUCCCGCCGGCGCGCGCGCGUGGCGGGCGCGGGAGGGAGCGGGAGGAAGGGAGCGUGUGGGGGCGCGAGCCGGCGGCACCGGGCCCGGCGCGAGGCGAGUUUCCCGCUCCGCUUCCCUGCGGGAAAGCCAGGCGGGGGCAGCCCCGCUCCCUCCCUCCCCCCGCGGCCGCGGGGGAGCGGCCCCGCCCGUGACGCGAGGGGCAGGGCCGAGCGCCCGCCGCGCCUCGGGCCUUGUAGGCCGCUGUCGGCGUGACUCGGCCGGGCCGCGUCGGCCCACCCCGCGCUCAAGAUGUCGGCGCAGGCCCAGAUGCGCGCCAUGCUGGACCAGCUCAUGGGCACGUCCCGGGACGGUGACACAACCCGUCAGCGAAUCAAAUUCAGUGAUGACCGAGUGUGCAAGAGCCACCUUCUCAACUGCUGUCCUCAUGAUGUGCUCUCUGGAACUAGAAUGGACCUUGGAGAAUGCCUCAAAGUGCAUGACCUGGCAUUAAGGGCAGACUAUGAAAUAGCAUCCAAAGAUCAAGAUUUCUUCUUUGAGCUUGAUGCAAUGGACCACCUGCAGUCAUUUAUUGCAGACUGUGACCGGCGAACAGAAGUGGCUAAGAAAAGACUAGCAGAAACUCAAGAAGAGAUCAGCGCUGAAGUUGCAGCUAAAGCUGAAAGAGUUCAUGAAUUGAAUGAAGAAAUCGGGAAACUGUUGGCCAAAGUAGAACAGCUUGGAGCUGAUGGGAAUGUGGAAGAAUCUCAAAAAGUAAUGGAUGAAGUGGAGAAGGCUCGGGUAAAGAAGAGAGAAGCAGAAGAAGUAUACAGAAAUUCUAUGCCUGCCUCUAGCUUUCAGCAGCAGAAGCUACGGGUUUGUGAAGUGUGCUCAGCUUAUCUUGGUCUUCAUGACAAUGACCGACGACUUGCUGAUCACUUUGGAGGAAAACUACAUUUGGGAUUUAUUGAAAUAAGAGAGAAGCUUGAGGAACUCAGGAGGAUUGUGGCUGAUAAACAGGAGAAACGAAAUCAGGAACGCCUGAAACGUAGAGAGGAGAGGGAAAGAGAAGAAAGGGAGAAACUAAGGAGGUCCAGAUCCCACAGCAAGCAUGCCAAAAGAUCCAGGUCCCGAGACCGCCGCAGACACCGCUCUCGCUCAGCCUCGCGGGAACGCAAGAGGAGGACUCGAUCCAAGUCCCGUGAGAAGCGCCACCGCCACCGGUCCCGCUCCACCAGCCGCAGCCGGAGCCGCAGCCAUCAUCGAAGCAGGCACAGCUCCAGGGAGAGGAGCCGAGAACGCAGCUCCAAAAAGAGAUCCUCUAAAGAAAGAUCUUCCAGAGAUAAAGAGCGUUCAAGAGAUCGCGAUAGAACAUCCCGUGACAAAGACAGAAGCUCAAGGGAGAGGUCGCCGCGGGAUUUCAAGGACAAGAAACGUUCGUACGAAAGCGCUAACGGCCGAUCGGAAGAGCCCAGGAGCUCAGAGGAGCGUGAAGCAGGGGAGAUAUAACUGGCUGUAUAUUCACCUGAUCUCUAGCUUCCUAUGGAGUUGCAUACUUUGGUUUAGUUUACAGUUGUUCAAAGGGACACCAGUGAGCAGUUCCAACACUGAUCCAACUAGGGUAGAUGUACAGUAUAUGAAAGUGGUUAUAACAAAGUCAGAGUUAAACCCCAUGAAUUAAUGAUGCCUAAAGCUGGGUCCUGGACUUCCACCAAGUUGUAAAACUUUUCUGAGAGAUUUCUCUUUAUUCAGGACGACAGUUUUAUGUACCAAGAUGCAGAUCUCAAUGUUUUUAAUCUCCUUUCCAAUACAAGUUAGUGAACAAAUUAUAUUGUACUACUUGCCUUGGGUGCUUUUGAACCUUUAUAAAUUCUCCAAUUCUGCUCCGGUCAAAACAGCAGCAUUGAAAGGUUGUAUUUUGGGGGACUUUUUUUUUUUUUUUUUUUUGGUUGCUUUUUUGUAAGAGGGUGGGUGGAUGGAUAUUAACUUUUACUCUAAGAUUAUGUUCCCAGUGUUGGGUUUUAUUUUUGUUUGGGAUCCUAGGAGUUGAUUACAGUGGGAGCAUUUAGACAGGAAUGUGUGCUGGAGAAAGCGGAAAUGUCUUUUUACAGUGCCUAUUUAGACUUGGAAAUUGAACAGCUGUUGCAUUACAUCUUUUUUAUUUCUACUUAAAUUUUGAAAUCAAAGCCAGUCCCAUAUCUGUACCAUUUGAUUGGUAUGUGUUCAAUAUAUUUGUUUUUUUCCAUAAGGACUCUUUCUGCUUUUUCUUGUGGAGUUCAUCUUUAAUUGUAUUAAAACAAACAGAAAAAACCAGCAACAACAAACAAAAAUUAAGAACAAAAGAAAUAAAAAAAAAUUAAAAAGAAA